GGCGAAGCAAUCUGACCAGAAUCAAGGGAGCAGUGGAGGGGAGAAGCUUCUGCCCGACUCCGUCGGUAAGAGCUCUACCGGCGGUGAAGCGAUGUGGAGUGGAAGACGGAGAUCUAAAGUGAGAAGCGAGAGAGGCAAGCAGUUAGAACUGGGACCGGAGAUUCUGGAGGUUUCACGGGAUCUUUGUCGAUGGGGGAGGUAGACUCCGAUCCGGCGAAGCUAAGCCAACGUCGACGGUCUUCUUUCUACUCCCUACUGUUUCUCUCUCUCACGACCUGCGCAUGGAUCUCCUCGACAAAGACAAGAUCGGAUCUCUUCCUCCUUCUCAAAAAGAACUCUACGGUGGCGGGAUGGCAACGGAUCUUGGAUCACCAUCUCGUUCGGCUCGCGUCGUCCAGGCUCACCGGAGGUCCUGUUCCGGCGAGAAUCUGCAGUGUUGGACGGCGGCUUCAAACAUGUUCUUUGUUUGGAGAUUAGGGUUUCAUCUUUUGGCCGGUUUAGUUCGGAACGCCGAUCUGUUCGUAGAUGGAAUGGCAAGUACCGAAGAUGGUCGUCUGAGACUCACAGAUAGUACAACGAGAGCCACAGGUCAUGCGUUCCACCAAAAACCCGUACAUUUCAGAAACACUUCAUCUUCUUUUUCUACAGAAUUUGUUUUUGCGAUCAUUCCAGAACGCAGUCAUAGCUUCGGCCAAGGAAUGGCUUUUGUUGUUUCUCCAACCAUUGAUCUAAGGUAUGGCGCUUCAGGACCGUAUCUAGGUCUAUUCAAUAAGACGAACGAUAACAAGACCGAAAACCAUAUCCUUGCUGUAGAGUUUGAUACUAAUCCAAGCGCUGAAGCAGUUGAUACAAUAACAAGUCAUAACGAUGUAGGUAUAAACAUAAAUAGUAUAGUAUCCGUAAAAUCUGAGAUUGCUAGUUACUAUGAUGAUACAGCAAAGAUGAAUAUAACCAUUUUACUCGCUAGCAAACAAAGAAUUCAUGUCUGGAUAGACUAUGAUGCAGAACAGAGAUUACUAAAUGUAACUCUUGCUCCACUCAAGACGGCGAAACCAAGUUCCCCUCUCUUGUCAUUACCCGUAGAUCUUUCCAAAAUCUUCAAGGAGCAGAUGUAUUUCGGUUCCGGUUCCACUGGUAUUAUCAAAAGUCAUCAAUACAUACUUGGAUGGGCGUUGGCAAUAGGCGGGAAAGCACAAAGCCUUGAUAUUUCUAAAGUUUUGGAUCUCCCCCAACCAUCAUCCUCUUCACCUGCACUCACCAAAGGUACAAGCAAAACAUCUAAGUUCGUCGACCUCCUCUUAAUGGCUUCAAGUUCAACUUCAUUCCCGUUAACCAUCGCGCCACCACAGGGUGUCAGGUUUAACCGAAGAAAACCGAGGUUAACCGUGUGGGCUAAGCAAACGGCGUUUCAACUCGGGAAAACCAAGGGUGAUGAUGACUCGGAGGGGAAACCAAAAGGGAAGAACCCGUUUCAGUUCGACUUCGGUAAGUUACCGGACAUUAAGUCACUUAUACCAGUUGUGUCGAAUCCUUCUACCGGUUUAGUGUUUGGUAAUAACAGAAAGAAAGAUCCUGGUACGAUUUUUGUGGCCGGUGCUACGGGACAAGCUGGUAUACGCAUAGCUCAAACGCUCUUGCAACGAGGAUUCAGUGUUCGAGCCGGUGUUCCUGACAUUGGAGCUGCCCAAGACCUCGCUCGUGUCGCGGCUACUUACAAGAUUUUAUCAAAUGACGAAGUCAAGAGGCUAAACGCAGUUCAAUCCCCCUUCCAAGACGCAGAAUCAAUCGCAAAAGCGAUUGGAAACGCGACUAAAGUUGUUGUUACUGUCGGGGCAACAGAGAAUGGUCCUGACGCCCAAGUCUCGACCUCAGACGCUCUGCUCGUGGUCCAAGCGGCUGAGCUCGCUGGGGUAAGUCAUGUGGCGAUCGUUUAUGACGGGAGCAUCAGCGGAUCCACGUACAACGUGCUAGACGGGAUUACUUCGUUUUUCGGCAACCUUUUCGCAAAAUCUCAGCCAUUGACUAUCUCUGACCUCAUCGAGAAAGUAGCUCAAACAGACGUGGCGUACACGCUCAUAAAGACGAGUUUGACGGAGGAUUACUCGCCGGAAAAAUCUUAUAACGUCGUCGUUUCAGCUGAAGGGAGUAACAGCGGCAGUGGCAGUAGUUCGUCCGAGGCCUACAAAGUCCCGAAGUUGAAGAUUGCGUCGCUGGUUGCAGACAUUUUUGCGAACACGGCCGUGGCAGAAAAUAAGGUGGUGGAAGUUUCUACAGAUCCAUCAGCACCGUCGCGGCCAGUGGACGAGCUUUUCAGUGUAAUCCCGGAAGAUGGGAGGAGAAAAGUGUACGCAGAUGCGAUUGCAAGGGCAAGAGCAGAGGAAGAAGCUAAAGUUGCAGCUGAGAAAGCCCGAGAGGCAGCAGAAGCAGCGAAAGAGUUUGAGAAACAAAUGCAAAAGCUAUCUGAGAAAGAAGCAGAAGCUGCUAGCUUAGCUGAGGAUGCGCAGCAGAAAGCAGAAGCCGUGGGAAUCACGGUGGACGGUCUAUUUAACAAGGCGAAAGAUAUCGGUUCAGGUCUCUCCUGGAAUAAACUCGGUUCUCAGUUCGCAACCGCGGUUCAAAACGCUUCAGAGACGCCUAAAGUACAGGUUGCUACGGUCAGAGGACAAGCAAAAGCAAGAAACUUGCCACCCAAGAAAGCAGUGGUGAAGCAGAGACCAUCAUCUCCGUUUGCAUCCAAACCAAAGGAAGAACGUCCGAAGAAGCCUGAGAAAGAGGUGAGGAAAGUGUUUGGAGGACUGUUUAAGCAAGAGACCAUCUAUGUUGACGACGACUGAAAACGCCAUAAACUAUGUCGUUUCAGAGCUCCGUACAGUUUCCUUUUUUUCUUUCCUUCUGUUUCAAGUUAAAUUUCUGUAACCAUAUGAUAAAAUUAUAUAUAAAAAUCCAUUGUUCUC